AUGAGUGUAGCUCAGAGAGUGGCAGAUGAGCUCGACACGUUCCUUGGCGCACACGUUGGCUACCUGAUCCGCUUCGAGGACAAGACAUCUCCAGAAACGAUCCUCAAGUUUCUGACAGAUGGUAUGCUCCUGCGAGAAGCCAUGACGGAUCCACUGCUGACAAAGUAUAGUGUCAUCAUCCUGGAUGAAGCCCACGAGAGAACUCUGGCAACAGAUGUCCUCUUCGGCCUUAUUAAGGAGGUGAUGAGACGCCGACCAGAUCUCAAGCUGGUGGUUAUGUCUGCAACCAUGGAUGCUCAGAAGAUGCAGGGUUAUUUCGACAAUGCGCCCUUGCUGAACAUCCCUGGACGCACGCACCCUGUGGAGAUCUUCUACACUUCUGAGCCUGAGCGAGAUUACCUGGAAGCUGCCAUGCGAACCGUGGUGCAGAUCCACAACUCGGAGCCCGAAGGAGACAUCCUGCUCUUUCUCACCGGUGAGGAGGAGAUUGAGCAAGCAUGUCGCCAGCUCCGAAAGGAAAGCUCUCGAUUCCCGGAGAACGGCGAGCUGGUGGCAGUGCCUCUGUACUCUUCCCUGCCGCCUCUGCAGCAGCAGCGGAUCUUCGAGCCGCCACCUGGGCCACGCUUCCCGGGGGGGCCAGCGGGGAGGAAGGUGGUCGUUGCCACCAACAUCGCUGAGACAUCCAUUACCAUUGACGGCAUCGUGUAUGUCGUGGACCCGGGCUUUGCAAAACAGAAGGUGUACAACCCACGAAUCCGUGUUGAGUCACUGCUGGUUUCUCCAGUGUCGAAGGCCUCUGCGGCGCAGCGUGCAGGGCGCGCCGGACGCACACGCCCGGGGAAGUGCUUCCGAUUGUACACCGAGAAGGCUUUCACCACGGAGCUCGCUGAGCAGACCUAUCCCGAGAUCCUGCGGUCCAAUUUGGGAGUGGUAGUGCUGACAUUGAAGAAGCUGGGCAUCGAUGACCUGGUCCACUUCGACUUCCUGGAUCCUCCAGCACCGGAAACAAUGAUGCGUGCGCUGGAAAUGUUGAACUUCCUCAACCAUCUCAAUGAUGACGGGGACCUCACAGAUGCUGGGGACCAAGCAGCGGAAUUCCCUCUGGACCCGCAGCUGGCGAAGAUGCUGAUCGAUUCGCCCAAGUUCAAAUGCAGCAACGAGAUGUUGUCCAUCUCUGCAAUGCUGUCGGUGCCCAACGUCUUUGUGAGACCGAAGGAGUUCGGUAAGGAGGCAGACGAUGCCAAAGGUCGCUUCACCCACUUGGAUGGGGACCACUUAACAUUGCUCAACGUUUUCCAUGCGUACAAGCAGUACAUCACGGAGGGAGCAGACCCGGCACAGUUCUGCUAUGACAACUACAUCAACGCAAGAUCAAUGAAAUCUGCGGAGAACGUGCGUGAGCAGCUCAAGCGCACCAUGGAGCGCCUGAAUCUGCAGAUGCUCAGCACGGAUUUCCGAGACAAGGAGUACUAUCCCAACAUCCGACGUUGCUUGGUUGCUGGCUACUUCAUGCAGGUUGCCCACCUUGAGAAGAGUAACCACUACUUGACUGUCAGAGACAACCAAGUUGUGGCUCUGCAUCCUUCCACGGGUAUCACGCACAAGCCGGAAUGG